UCUGACCGUGAAAACCAGCGAAUGACGCAUAAUAGUUUCAUCGUGUCUUAUCGUUUGGUCCGGACUGGUUUCCAGCUACACAUGUUAAUGUGACCAUGCAUUGGCAAGGUCAUUCCAAGUAUUUCUGUAUAUUAUUCCGAAAUGCCUGGUAUAAAUAUCACUAAAUCGGAUGAAAAUAUUCAUUCUCGUAGUCGCCAUUGCUUGAGAAGUGUCGCAAACACGGAAAUCAACAUGCGAUUUAUACCUGUAUUUCUUGCCUGCCUGACGGUUGCUUUUGCACAAGAAUAUUAUUCUAGUAAAUUUGACAAUAUUAAUAUCAAAGAAAUUAUCGACAAUACACGAUUGUUUGCAAAGUACAAAGAAUGCGUUCUACAAGAAAAGGCAACUCGCUGUCCUCAGGAAGCAUUGGAACUAAAAAGAGUGUUACCGGAAGCAUUGGGUACUCUGUGCGCUAAGUGUACUCCCUCACAAGUUACUAAAAUACGGGAGGGUCUGUCUUACGCCUGUAAAAAUCGAAGAGUGGAUUAUGAUGAAAUACUGAGACAUGUUGAUCCCCAGGGAGAUAAAAUUGUUGCUUUUGAACAAAAAUUUGGAAAAGUUGAAUGUUGAGUUUAACGUAGCAUGAAAGUUUUAUUGAUCUUAUAAUAGCGAACAAUGUUGAUCCUGUUUUGAAAUAUUUUAUAUUCAAUCAUUAUGAAAUGUUUAACAUGAUUAUGGUAUUUUUCGUUACGUCAAGUGAAUAAAGAAUUAAGUAAUAGCU